AUGGCUCCCAAAAAAGCCGAAAAGGGCGGCGGCAAGAAGGUCGAUGCCAAGAAAUUGGUCGAAGACAAGACCUUCGGCAUGAAGAAUAAGAAAGGUGGUGCGGCCAAAAAGACGAUCGCCCAACUCGAAGCCAGCAGCGGUGCUGCCCAGAAGCGCAAGGAAGCCGAGAAGGCCGCUCGUGAGCGCGAGAAGAAGGCAGCCGAGGAAGCCAAGCGGGAGACAGAUGCGCUCCUCAACAAGCCCGCCCAGAUUCAAAAGGUGCCUUUUGGCGUAGACCCAAAGACAGUCGUCUGCAUUUUCUACAAAAAAGGAAAUUGCGAGAAGGGAAAGAAGUGCAAAUUCGCCCACAACCUCGACGUCGAGCGCAAGGUCGAAAAGAUCAACCUCUACCAGGACGCCAGAGCCGAGGAGGAGGAGUCCAAGAAGCAGGAGACGUCGGCCGACUGGGACGAGGACAAGCUUCGGUCCGUCGUCCUGUCCAAGAAAGGCAACCAGCGCACAACAACGGACAAGGUGUGCAAGUUCUUCAUCCAGGCCAUCGAGGACGGCAAAUAUGGAUGGUUCUGGAUUUGUCCCAAUGGCGGCGACAAAUGCAUGUACAAGCAUGCUCUUCCACCUGGUUUCGUGCUGAAGACAAAGGAACAGAGGGCGGCAGAGAAGGCCCUGAUGGACAAGUCACCACUGAAGACCCUGACCAUCGAGGAGUUCCUCGAGUCGGAGAGGCACAAGCUCACCGGGACCCUCACGCCGGUGAAUCCCGAGUCGUUCGCCAAGUGGAAGAAGGAGCGUAUGGACAAGAAGGCGGCCGAGGAAGCACUGCGGAAGGCCAAGGAGGCGACUGGCCGUGCCAUGUUCGAGAGCGGCAACUGGCGCGGAGAAGACGACGACGAAUCGGAGGACGAAGACGACGGCGCGUGGAAUCUCGAGAGGCUACGGCAGGAGACUGAAGCGCUCAGGGAGAAGAAAGAGGCGGAACGGGUUGCUGCUAUGCACGGCCUUCCACCCCCGAGCAAUGAGCCGAACGGCGAGCCAGUGGAGGCGGCAGAGCCGGAAGAAGUGCCCAACACUUGA